AUGUCCCAAGGAAACUCAAAAGUCUUGGACGACAUUCGAGCCAAAAUCGAUAGAGAAACCAAGUUGAUCCAAGGGUUCCAAUCGCUUAAACGAACCACCACCAACUCAGAGGUCAUCCAACGGUGCAAUAAUCAGAUCCGUGAAACCCAAUCGAAUAUCGAUUAUUUGCAAGAAACUCUAUCGAAGUUAUCUUUGCAACAAAAACAGCAAUCCGAACAACCACCCCAACAGCAAAAUGGCCAUCGUCCGGUGUAUUCGAGGUUCGAUCUCAUCAAGUAUGAUGGGCCUUCAUUGGGCCACCGGAUUCAAUACAUGGUACAACAAUUGCAGUUCAAACUCCAGGUGGAAAAUCAAUAUAAGGCUGCCAACGAGAAAAUCAGCCAACUUUACUUGAUGGACGGUGACAAAAGCAGCUCGAUAGCCGCCGAAGGCGGUCGUGUUGAAAGCGACCAGCGGAUUCAAUUGCUCAAUAAGGCGUUGAAGCGGUACCAGGACAUGCACAUCGAUGUGGAAGAGGUGACUCGUGACAUGGAGAUGAUGAAUACCCCCAAGUAUGCCCGUCGUCCGCUUCUGGGGAAGUUGUACGUGACAAUCACGUGUGUUCGGGAUAUUGAUCACAUUGCUCUGCCAAUGUUUCUGAAACGGCCAGAGUCCUUGGUUUGUGUCAAGGUGGAUGAUGUGGAAAGAGCCAAAACCAAGCCUAGCCGUAAUGGGAAAUGGAACGAAGAAUUUGUGAUCGAUAUCGACAAGAGCCAUGAACUUGAGCUUGCUGUAUACGACAAGUCCGGUUCUGCUUUGGUUCCUGUAGCCGUGGCUUGGGCUUUAUUAAGUGAUAUCGCUGAAGAACUUAGAAAGAAAAAGGUUGCAAAUGAUGGAAAUGAGGGAUGGGUUACUGCGUCGGCUGCCUCCGCUUCUGACUACCAGGGUCCUGGAUCUGGUAAUGCCUUCGGUGCUGGUGCCAAUUCAGGAACUGGCUCCUACGGUGAUUCUUUUGGAUCUCUGAACCCGGUGCCAGUUCCCUCUCCUCCAGUCCAAUCUACCUCUGAUUCACCAAGAGUGUCUGUUAGUACCUGGAUUAAUCUCGAGCCAGUGGGACAAAUGCUCGUCACUCUAAGUUUUGACAAGUCCAACUCAUCAAGAAAACAGUUCAUGGGAGCUUUGGGACGUCAAGGUGCUAUUAGGGCAAAAAAAGAAGAGGUUUUCGAUCAACACGGCCAUCAGUUUGUGCAGAAACAGUUCUACAACAUUAUGUGCUGCUCCCUUUGUGGAGAAUUUUUGCGUUACACGGGAUUCCAGUGCCAGGAUUGUCGUCUCUUAUGUCAUCGGAAGUGUUAUCAGAAGGUCGUCACCAAAUGUAUUUCUAAGUCUAGUGCUGAUCUUGACUCGGACGAAGCGAAGUUGAACCACAGGAUUCCUCAUCGGUUUGAGCCCACCGCUAACAGAGGGACAAAGUGGUGUUGCCAUUGUGGUUAUAUCUUACCCUGGGGAAGAAAGAAUGUCAGGAAGUGCACCGAAUGUGGUGUCAUGUGCCAUACCCAGUGUACUCACUUGGUUCCCGAUUUCUGUGGAAUGUCUAUGGAUAUGGCUAAUAAGAUUCUUUCCACCAUCAAGUCCACCCCCAAACCUACUCCGAAGGCAACAAAGCCCCUUAAAUCUAGGACUGGGUUCCCUCCUAUGGAGCCGAUCAACCUCGGCCAUAAAGCUUUGUCUUCGGUUUCUUCUGACACUUCUGGCUCUGGUUCCACCGCAGUUGCUGCUCCUCCAGUUUCACCAUACCAACACCUGCUUCCACCUACUCCUCAACACCAUCAGUUCCCUCAACACUACGAAAAAUCAGGAGGUUCUACUGAACAAAUAGGUAGAGGUGUUGAUAAGUUCGGUGACCCAUACGAUGAACAAGACAGAUUCAACCACACACUACCUACAGCUAUUCCAGAUCAGUACCAAGUACCUGUCUCCACUUCGGAGCAUCCUUACAAACUGCAAGCAAGAAGACCACCCCCUCCUCCUCUUCAACAACAGCAGCAGCAGGAAUUUCCUGGAGACUACACAUUCAUGUCUACAAAGUCUGAAGAACUUUUGGCACAACCAGAACCCAGCAAUCCUUUUGCUCCCGAAGAAUUCGACUACACGCACCAGCCAGAAAAGUAUGCCUCACAAGUCCCUGAACAGCUUGUUCCUGCUGAGAAAAAGGAAAAAUCGUCUCCACACAAGGCCUCUAGACGCCGGAGAAAGAAGGUGGGCUUGGAUGACUUCCAGUUCUUGGCUGUGUUGGGUAAAGGUAAUUUUGGUAAGGUGAUGUUGGCAGAAUCUCGCCAUACCAAUAAUUUAUGUGCUAUUAAGGUGCUUAAGAAGGAUUUCAUUGUAGAAAAUGAUGAAGCAGAAAGUGUGAAGUCAGAAAAGAGAGUGUUUUUGACUGCAAACAAGGAAAUGCAUCCAUUCUUAUUGAAUUUACACUGUUGUUUUCAAACGGAAAACAGAAUCUACUUUGUCAUGGAGUAUAUUUCGGGUGGUGAUUUGAUGUGGCAUAUCCAGAACUCCAGGUUUUCAGCCAAGCGUGCCAAGUUCUAUGCUUGUGAAGUGUUGUUGGGCCUUAAGCAUUUCCAUGAUAACGGAAUUGUGUAUCGUGAUUUGAAAUUGGAUAACAUCUUAUUGACUUCCAAGGGACACAUCAAAAUCGGUGAUUACGGAUUAUGUAAAGAGAACAUGUGGCAUAAGAGCACUACCGGCACCUUCUGUGGUACUCCAGAGUUUAUGGCUCCAGAAAUUGUCUCAGGCAAAGAGUACACCCGGAGCGUUGAUUGGUGGGCAUUUGGUGUGCUUCUCUUCCAAAUGCUCUUAUGUCAAUCCCCAUUCAAAGGUGAUGACGAAGAUGAAAUCUUCAAUGCUAUUGAACAUGAUGAUGUCAAGUAUCCUAUCAGCAUGCCUCGUCAAACGGUGUUGAUUCUCCAGGCAUUGUUAACCAAAGACCCAUCCAUGAGAUUAGGUUCUUCAGAAAGAGACGCCCUUGAGAUCAUGGAACACCCCUACUUUGCCGAUGUGAACUUCGAUGACAUUUUGAGCUGUAACAUCCAACCACCAUACUUGCCAGAAUUGACGAGCGAGCAUGACUACUCCAACUUCGACAAGGAAUUCACCUCCGAAACUCCAAGAUUGACUCCUGUAGACACAGUGUUGACAUCUGAAAUGCAAGAACAGUUCAGAGGGUUCUCUCAUGUUUCCGAUGACGCUGCCGUUGUAUAG